CUUAUUGUACGAUAAUAUGUCAGACCACCGUUUUAGCACAGACAUUGAGCGUGAAUUCUCGAGCCGUUCCUCAAAUAUUAGUAGCUGGACAAUAUAAUGGGUUAUCAUUAUUUAAUGGUGACUCGAGCGAGCAAGAAUCUUAUAACGCAAUGACUGCAUCAUUAUUAACUCAGUCGCCAAACGGUAUCUUUCAACUUUCUGGCUCUACUUCGUAUAAUGGAACGAUUAAUGCGUUAUGCGUAAUGCCUCGGUCUCAAAAUAAUCUUUAUGAUAUCGAUGUAUAUGUUGGUGGUAAAUUUACCACUCUUGCUAAUAAUACGUUUAAUAAUAUUGCGCGUUACGAUCCCGCUAGUCGAACAUUCCACGCGCUUCUGGAAGGUUUGGAUAAUUCGGUUUUCUCUUUGUACUGUGAUACUGAUAAUUCGUUGGUUUAUGUCGGUGGUGAAUUCAUCGCUCCAGUAAAUUCUGUUGCGCAUGGUAUCAAUAUCUCUGACUUUGGUGGUAGUGUUGCAAUAUGGCAUGUGGGAAAUUCUUCUUGGUCGGCUCUCCCUUUUAAGGGAUUUAAUGGUCCAGUGUAUACUAUUACAUAUAAUACACAGAAUAAAACUGUUUAUUUUGGUGGUCAAUUCGAUGCUACUAGUGAUGGUAAUUUUGGUACUAUUCCUAAUAAUACACAACCAAUAGGCUUACAAAAUACUACU